AUGCUCAUCAAGGAGUCUCACGUCGAUGUGCCGACCAAGGCGGACGGCAAGGAUGGGACCAUGAUGACCGGCCCCGUCGCCCGCUUCGCUCGCCAGAUCGCCGGACAAGGCUACAUCGUCGCGGCCCCGUCAUCGUACCACGAAUUCACCGGUCCCGAGCCCCUGGCCUACGACGUGCCAGGCACUGACGCGGGCAACGCCUGGAAGGUCGAGAAGGUGAGAACUCCCAUCUUUGACCCAUAUUCCUCCCUCCUUUGGCUUACCCCUAUUCUCACUCUCCAGACCCUCGAGUCCUACGAUGAAGACUCCCGCAGAACAGUCGACGUCCUCCUCGGCCUGCCCACCUGCACCGGCCUCAUCGGCAGCACGGGCAUGUGCCUCGGCGGCCACCUCGCCGUCCGCGCCUCCCUGGACCCUCGCGUAACCGCCUGCGUCUCCUACUUCGCAACCGACAUCCACUCCCGCACCCUCGGCCCUCACUCGGCCAAGAACACCUCCGCGACCGCCCCGGAGGGCAGCACGCACACCCUCGACCUGCUGCCGACCCUCGCGCACGCCGAGGUCGCCAUGAUCUUCGGCGUCAAGGACACCCACGUCCCCGCCGAGGGCCGCGACCUCAUCCGCGCCAAGCUGCGCGAGGCUGGCGUCACCACCUCCUUCUACGAGUUCGCCUGGGCCCAGCACGCCUUCAUCCGUGAUGAGCUGAGCAAGGGCCGCUACGACCCGGCCAUCACCAAGGUGUGCUUCGAGGUGUUGCUGGAGCUGUUUGGGCGCGUAUUGAAGACGGACCUGGGGGCUCCCGAGGUUGUUGGCGAGCCUGAGCACGUCUGCUAA